AGCCGGAGGAGCCCGAGCAGGGAGGAGAGCCCCCCAGAGAGCAACCGACGGCCGAGGCCAUGACCGGAAAGAUAUUUACUAGCGUAUCCGUGACUUUGAAUGCCRGUAUGUUCACUGCGCAGCAAAGAGAGGAAAUCACUAUGAUAUGUCCGAAUUUAAGAAGAGAAAGAAGUCGUGAUGUUGAUGGCUAUGAGAAACUGACAGGAGACUAUACAGAUAUUGAAAAACUGUAUCACUACUGCAAGGAUCUCAUUGCAUGCAAUGAGAAAAGCCACAGGUUUUCAUAUUCUGAAAUUAAGAGUGAUUUGGAAUGUGAGAACGGUCUGGAUGCUGAAAAACCGCUUUGUGUUCCGACCGCUCACUAUGAGUACUUUUGUCAUGCCUACAAAGGAAAAAUUGAAGAGCUAUGUUUUGGAGUGGGCAUAAAAAGUAAGAACAGUGAUAGURGAAACACUCAGAUAUGCUUCACUUGUGAUACAAACCCCACACGGAUACAGGCAGCUAAAGAAGCUUUUACCACUGCUUUUCUGAGAAGUACAAAAGAUCUGGAUCAGAAAAGAAUUCCCUUUAGAAACAGUAAUGAGGUAAAAGAAGCUAAAAUGAAAAUAAAUGCUAGGUUGCCUAAUCUUCUUGUCCAACAGGAAGGGAACAAAUUGUUACUCCGUGGUCCAACAAGUGAGAUUUCAGCUGCCCAAGAAUUUCUAGCGGAGGAAAGUGAGAAGAGCCAAACUGAAAAGAAUAUGCGUAUAUCAGCUGAACUUUACAAAUACAGGAAUGGAAUUGAAGUUGAUGCUUCUGAAUUUAAACUGUUGGAACCAAUAUUAAGUAAAGAAAUUGAAGACAUCAGUCAAAAUUUUGAUACUAUGGUGGAUAACGUUUCCCAUGGUCAGAAGAUGGUAAUUAGAUUUAAGCCUAGGACUUAUGCUUUUGAUAUGUCUUCACAUGCUACUGAAAGUUUCAUCAGUGCAUUUCAGGAUGCCUCUGCAAGGCUGAGAGAAAAAGGCAUCAGCUGGACACUUUCAGAAGAUAAUAAAAAAAGAGUAAACAUGGACAUUGAUGGAAAACAAUUGGAAAAUCUGCCUGUAAAGUUGAAGGAAGACAAAUUUGUUUCAGGAAAUUUACCAAACUAUCUUCAUGGUGCUGAAAACUGCAAUAUGAGUGUUCUUGACACAGAAGAGGCUGCGCAAGCUAGAAACAGAACAGUACUAGUUUCUGAUCCCAGGCCUCAAGAAGCUUCCAGGGUGUCCGAAAUGAAAUAUGAUAGGCAAAAGAGUAAACUUGCCUCCAAAGAAAAGAAAGCAGAGGAUGAAGAACAGGAAGAAGAAGUGUGCGUUAUUUGCAUGGGUAGCAUUGUCGAUAAAGAAGUACUGACCAAGUGCCGGCAUGCGUUUUGCAAAAGCUGCAUCCAGCAGGCAAUGAUGUACAAGAAAGUCUGUCCUCUUUGUAAUACCUGCUAUGGAGUAAUGCAAGGAGAUCAACCAGAAGGAAAGAUGACAUCUAAAAUAAUUCCGGGACAACUCCCUGGUUAUCCCACAUGUAAAACUAUUGAGAUUAGAUAUGACAUGCCAAGCGGUAUUCAAACUAACAGCCAUCCAAACCCUGGGAAACCUUAUAGUGGAACCAUUCGAACAGCAUAUUUACCUGACAAUAAGGAAGGUCAAGAAAUUCUGCAUCUCCUUAGAAAAGCCUUUGACCAAAAGUUGAUUUUCACUGUGGGGCAGUCGCGUUCUACUGGUUCAGAUGAUGUUAUCACGUGGAAUGAUAUUCACCAUAAAACACGAAAGGAUGGAGGGCCUACAAAGUUUGGUUAUCCUGAUCCUGAUUAUCUGAAGAGGGUCCGAUCAGAACUGAAAGCAAAAGGAAUUGAAUAAAGAAUCCUAUCAACUCUCUGCCUUCAAGUGUAAUAACAGAACAUACAGGAAAUCUACUGUUUCUUUGUAGAACUGCCAUAGGCAUUUGUGUUUCACAGUCAGCUAAAGAAAUGUGUUUUAAUCACAAGAUACAUUUUCUUCUUACAAAGCUUUUACUUACUUACAUCACGCUUUCUUGUGUAAGUAACUUGGAAAAUUUGAGUCUUCUGAGUGCAGCAUUAAUAUUUACUGUUUAUUAUUUCAUGAUUGAUCAAUUUUGAUUUACUAAAUGAUAGAACUUAAGAAAAUUAAACCUUUUCAAAUAUGGGCUAAAUUCAGCAAAAGCUUUGACUACAAAUGCAAUGCAGAAGAAGAUAUACUUAAAAUGUGCUUCAUCUUUUUCUGGCUAAAAUCCUUCAGAAGAUUCCUUUCUUUUAGAAAGGAAGUUAAACUUUUGCUUAACCUCAAAUUAAUUAGGUAAAAUCAAAUAUCAAAAUUGUAUCUUUUUCUCAUUUUUGAAUGAAUGAAUCUGAGGUUCACUCUCUACUACUGGCUUUUCUUUAAUUAAACAACUGUCACCAUAGAUAGGAUUGUAGCUGGAAGAAGUGUUUGUAGCUAGUAUCAGUAUCAGAAUGCUUCUUUUCCUUUUCAGAGAGAAUAUGUCAUUAAUGGUUUGGGUUUAAAACAUGGAAUUAGCAUGGAUAAUGUUGUAGGGAAUGUAGAUGCUGAUGGAUUUUUAACUCUGCAGGAAUACUUAAUGCUCAAAGCCUCACUGGAGCCGAGGGAUAUCAGUGCUUAAGAGCAGCUCUGAUAACAAGGCCCKAGUUCUGAAUUUUUCAUUGUAUUUUAGGCUUAAAUAUAACUUUUAAGUCAACUUUACAUGUAACAAUACUGUAUUCC